AAGGCGACGUCCGAUCCGUCUUUUGUGAAUCUGCUGGUAGUUGCUCUACAAAAAACAGUUUUGAUUGGAAAAAGAAAUAUAAAAUGAAUAGGUGCACACAACAGCUGCUGGGAUUAAUUAAAUCCAACAAGCCAGCUUUUACACGAUCACAUUUCACGUAUUAUCCUGAUAAAAAUGUAACACCAGCGGGAUCACAAGCUGUUCAAAAAAUGAACAUGUUUCAAGCAAUUAACAAUGCUAUGGAUAUUGCUUUGGAACAGGACCAGAGUGCAUUGCUAUUUGGUGAGGACGUAGGAUUUGGUGGUGUUUUUCGUUGCUCGAUAAAUCUACGCGAUAAAUAUGGAAAAGAUCGUGUAUUCAAUACACCUCUCUGUGAGCAGGGUAUUGCUGGUUUUGCAAUUGGAGUUGCUAACGUAGGGGCUACUGCGAUAGCAGAAAUUCAAUUUGCAGAUUACAUUUUUCCAGCAUUUGAUCAAAUCGUAAACGAAGCUGCUAAAUAUCGGUAUCGUAGUGGCGGCAUCUUUGAUUGUGGAUCAUUAACAUUCCGCGUACCUUGUGGUGCUGUUGGCCAUGGUGCACUAUACCACAGUCAAAGUCCUGAAGCGUACUUUGCCCACACGCCCGGCUUAAAAGUAGUAGUACCUCGUGGGCCAAUAAAAGCCAAGGGUUUGCUGCUAGCUUGCAUUAAAGAUCCUAAUCCAUGUAUAGUGUUUGAACCAAAAACUUUAUAUCGCGCAGCAGUUGAAGAUGUACCUGUAGACAACUAUACAUCUGAAAUCGGAAAGGCUGAUAUUCUUCGAAAGGGUAAAGAUGUGACACUAAUUGGUUGGGGAACGCAAGUUCACGUUCUACUCGAGGUAGCUGAGAUGGCAAAAAAAGAAUUAAAAGUGGACUGCGAAGUAAUUGAUUUAGUUUCAAUUCUUCCUUGGGACCGAGAUGCUGUUGCAAAGUCUGUUAAGAAGACCGGACGAGUUAUCGUUUCUCACGAGGCACCUUUAACACAAGGCUUUGGAUCAGAAAUUGCAGCAUAUAUCCAAGAAAAAUGUUUCCUGCAUUUAGAAGCUCCAGUUAAGCGUGUAACUGGUUGGGAUACACCAUUCCCUCACGUUUUCGAACCAUUCUAUUUGCCAAACAAGUUCCGCUGCUUAACAGCUAUAAAAGAGUUAAUAAAUUAUUAGAUGACUAUAAUGAACUCACGUGUUUACCAGCGACAAGGAACACAAAUACAAAAUGCUGUGCAAUUUUUUUUCUAACGUAACCGAUGCAUUUAUUUAGAUUUUAAUUAUAAUUAUUAAAGAACUAUGUACGUAUAUUUUUAUUUGUCAUUUUAAGUAAUAAAAGUGGUUUUAUGUUAUUUUAA